AUGGUCUCCACGCGACACCAUCCGCGCGAUUUCCCGCCUCCCUCGAGCGCAAGAUCGUCGUCGCCCCCCUCGUCGCCGUCCGCCGGCGCCAAUGGGAAUGGGAACGGGAAAAAAUGGAUGCAUACGCCCUCCGCGGCCGUGACCCUUUGGCUCCUGGUCUCGGUACCCUUGGUCGUCUGGGACUCCAGUUACGUUCUGUUGCGCCCGCACAGCAUGCCGGGGAACAAGCUACAUUCGCCAAUCUGGACCCCGUAUGCGCUUUACGGCACCAUCGAUUAUAUCUACGGUUUGCCGGCUUUCAACGCUCGGAAUGGCUUUACCGCCGCGCAGACCGUCCUGAACGUCAUCGAGACCAUCGCCUACAUCUACUACCUCGUGACGGUGUAUAGACAUGGAACUACGGCAACCGCCGGCGGCCGCGCAUCGCAGCGCAAAACGAAAAAGGGGCUGUUGUGGCUGCUGAAGGAAGAAAAGGUGCUUCCGGGGCGCACGGGAGCGAAUGCGCUUCUGAUCGCGUACAGCGCGUCGGUGAUGACACUCGGCAAGACUCUUCUGUAUUGGUUGAAUGAAUUCUUCUCGGGCUUCGAGAAUAUUGGACAUAACGAUGCCGUCACCUUGAUCUUCCUGUGGAUUAUCCCCAAUGGACUAUGGAUUGUAUUCCCCGCCUAUAACCUCCAUGUCCUUGGUGAGGAGAUUGUAUCCUCGCUGGAUGGACUAGCGCCGCGCCAGCGACCGGGACGGCCGAAGUCAUCAUAG